GGCUUAUUGAAAACGCACUCACAGGACCGUAUGUGUGUGUGACGGAGUUGCAUGUUGACAGCAUAUUUUUUGUCUUGACAGCAGCACUUCGGACGGGGAUUUUCUGUCCCGUUAGACACACACAAAAAAAAAAUGUCGAUAUUUACGCCAACGAAUCAAAUCCGUCUGACCAACGUGGCGGUGGUUCGGAUGAAGAAAGGAGGGAAGCGCUUUGAAAUCGCCUGCUACAAGAAUAAAGUUGUGAGCUGGAGAUCCGGAGCAGAGAAGGACCUGGAUGAGGUUUUGCAGACGAGCUCUGUUUUCGUUAAUGUGUCCAAAGGUCAGGUGGCGAAGAAGGAUGACCUGACCAAAGCUUUUGGGACAGAUGAUCUAACAGAAAUCUGUAAACAGAUCUUGGCCAAAGGAGAGCUGCAGGUGUCGGACAAGGAAAGGCAGUCUCAGCUGGAGACGAUGUUCAGGGACAUUGCGACGAUUGUGGCGGAGAAGUGUGUCAACCCGGAGACCAAGAGGCCGUACACGGUCAGCCUCAUCGAGCGGGCGAUGAAGGACAUCCACUACUCCGUCAAGCCCAACAAGAGCACCAAGCAGCAGGCUCUGGAGGUGAUCCGGCAGCUGAAGGAGACCAUGGAGAUCCAGAGAGCCCACAUGAGGCUUCGCCUGGUGCUUCCAGCCAAAGAAGGCAAGAGGCUGAAGGAGAAGCUGAAGCCGCUGCUGCAGGUGGUGGAGAGUGAAGACUUUGAUGAGGAGCUGGAAAUGGUGUGUCUGGUGGAUCCCGGCUGCUUCAGGGAGAUCGACGAGCUGAUCCGCUGUGAGACGAAAGGCCGCGGGUCCCUGGAGGUCCUCAGUCUGAAGGACGUGGAGGAGGGCGAUGAGAAGCUAUAGUGGCCCAGUCACUCAGGACACGUCCACCUCGUCCACCUCGUCCACCUCGUCCACACUAACGCGCUUCACGGCUGCACGCAAACACAAAACUUAUGUAAAAGACUCUGUUUAUGGUCGACUCUGUUUGAGCUCAGCUGUUCCUGUUUAAAGGAUUCAUUUUCCUGCUGAGUCGGGUUAGUGGAAGCAUUUACACCUGACAUGUCUUCUCUUUUAUUUAUUCUGUUUUUACUUUUGGAAAGUUAGCAGAAAGUUUGACCUGAAGUGACAUGUGCAUUGACUUUAAUUCCUCCUGCACAUGUCAGACAUUCAAACAGACUAAUUAUACAUGAAUCUAGACCCUCCACCGCAUCACACAUUACUUUAUGGGAUAUAUGUAAAUAUGAUUAUGUGAUAACACUACUGUGAAGCAGUAGUUUCAAUUAAAUUCUCUUGUAUUUGAAGCAAAAACUCCAGUGAAAUUAAAAUGUUAAACCCAAGCUGGUGACUUUCAUUGCUUCAAACUAAAAUGAUGAAUGUCGGCUAAUUAACGCCGGAGGAAACUCUCAUUUUACAGGAUUUAAUUAGACAAUAAUUUCACUCCAUCAGCCAUUAAACAGAAUGUUAACUUUUAUAACCUGGCGUCGUCGACGCGUCACCACUGGACGAGGCUGUUUCUGCAGUCGACCUCCAGGCUCUGAUCUCAUGGAUAAAGUGUUUAACAUAAUAAUUUAUAUUUUCUUUUAACGAAUAUAUUUUCUUCUGUGGCAAAUAAAUCUAUAAUCAAAUAUU